CCGCCACCGUUACAGAGCAGAAAGGAAACAUCAGAGAACUGACCGCCACCGUUACAGAGCAGAAAGCAAACAUCAGAUAACUGACCGUCACAGUUACAGAGCAGAAAGCAAACAUCAGAGAACUGACCACCACCGUUACAGAGCAGAAAGAAAACAUCAGAGCUUUAGAGACGCAACUCAGGGAUGAGAUGAACAAGAAAAAUGAAGAAAUUUCAAAUCUUACUCAGAGUCAAGUGGAGAAGUUGAGAAAGGAAAAUAGAGACAGAGAAAUAGCUUUUUCAGCUGGACUGAUGCAAUCUGGCAGUGGAUAUGUUGGUCCUUUUACCACUCAAAUCACACUAACCUACAGGAACGUCUUCACAAACAUAGGGAACGCCUACAACCCAGUUACAGGUAUUUUCACAGCCCCACUGAAAGGAGCGUACAUGUUCAGAAUCUCAGUAUUUGGUUAUGGUGGAACUGCAGCAACUGCAGCCAUUUUUAAGAAUGAAGAGCAGGUGGUCUUGGCUCAUUCUCAUCAGGCUCAGAAUGCGUUAGCCGCCUCAAAUGGAGUUGUGUUGAUCCUGGAAGUUGGAGAUGUUGUCUAUGUGAGACUUUGGUCUGGCAGGAGAAUAUUUGAAAUAAGCAAGGAGAACCACAACACUUUCAGUGGUUUCCUACUGUUUCCUUUAAGAGAACAGUAGCUUUGCAGAAUGUGAUUCAAAUAAUUCUGAACCUUCGGCAUAAAAUUUAAGAAUAAAAUCAUAUAGAAUCAUUAACAAAUGAACCUGUAUUAAUAAGGACUGUGUGUUUGAAAUUUGCAAUAGAUUACUGUAUAAAAGUCUGAGCUGUCUAUAUAUAACUUUGUAUAAAGUGUUUCAGAAUGAAGGCUUUAGUAUGUAUACUGCUGCUGUUGGAAACCUUUGUGUUUGUCGUUCAGCAGCAGGUAGAUGGAGGAUUCAAUGAGAAUGAGAUCAGUCAACAGAUCAGAGUUGUUCUCAGCUCGUGUAGUGUGUUGCGGAUAUCUGCAACCCAUUGUUGCGGAUAAUUGACAUAGUGUGAACACCACAACGACUUAAAUACUUCACAGAAAGUCAUGUAGUCUGAACAGCACAGUGAUCUGCCCAACGUUUAAAGUCCUGUAGUGUGAACUAGGCAUUACUCACAACGAACAUAACCUGGAUGAAAGCAGAGCUCCAUUAUUGUUAAAUAACAAAAGAAACGUUGUCAUGGCUUUCAAGGUAGAAACAUCUAUUCAUGUUAAAUUAAAGGGUUAGUUCACCCAAAAAUGAAAAUUCUGUCAUUUAUUACU